AAUUCGAGGCCGCAACAAGAAAGGCGGGGACAGUGAGGCGGGAAUUUACUACUUCACUAAGCUUUCUGAGAGUUCAUUGCGUUCGGUUGCCAUAGAGACGCACAGAAAGAAACACGGAUCUCGGAAACGAUGUUGAACGUAACAUUAACAUACUGCUGAUUUUUAGGCAUUACCGACAAAAGGGGUCACGAUGUCAUUCUCUGUAGCCAAGAGCAGACUUGACACUCUACAGAUCUAUCGGCUCCUUCAGUGCGUCCGGGAGGGAGACAAACCGUACAUAGAGAAAUUAAUCUCUAUGGGUGUCGAUGACCUCAUUAAUCUCACGGAACCGCGCGAAGGUAACGGCGUCCUUCACUUGGCAUCGGUGGCCAACAACCACGACAUGCUGGAGUUCCUCAUAGCGAAAGGAGCCAGCCCAAACGUGCAGGAUAGGAGAGGGCGAACGCCGCUGAUGCUGGCUGCGGAGCUCGGCUACGACGGCAUCGUGUCUCUGUUGGCAAAGAAAAACGCAAACAUGACACUUGUAGACAACGAAGGGAAAGGCUUGCUUUUCUACUGCAUCCACCCCACCAAAAGGCACAUGCGCUGCCUCCAGGUGGCCCUUAUGGGCAAUGCGGAUGUAAACAAUGCUUCAACAAAUGGGAUGCCCGUGUUCCUGCUGGCCUGUGAGCAAGCUCAGGACUGUGAGGGAAUGUGUCUCAGCAUCCUGGAAAGAGGAGCGGACCCCAAUGCGACAAAUCAGGUGACAGGUCAGACCGCUCUGAUGGAGGCGAUCAGAGGAGGAGCAAUAGAGCUAGUGAGAGCCAUUCUAAAAAAAGGAGGAAAUGUCAAUGCUGUGGAUAAGAAGGGAUUCCAUGCAGCUCAUUUUGCAUCUGAACGAGGCUUCAUUGAAAUCAUUAAGGUGUUGUCUGCAUAUGCAGCUGACCUUGGAGAGGUGACAAAAGAUGGAGAUACACCUCUGCACUUUGCUGCCUCUGGUGGAUACACAGAUUGUUGCAGGUUUUUAGCUCAAAGAGGAUGCAAUCCCAAACUGAAAAAUCAAGAAGGUCUUCUUCCCCGUCAGACUGCUAAGGACUGCGGUCACAAGGCCACCGUGAAAGAGCUUAAGAAGGCCGAACGAUUACAUGGAAAGUUUGCCAAAGGAAUGGGCGGCACAAAUGAACCGUGGGCUCUGACACUUCACGACUGGUCUCAUGAGAAUGAGGACGCACUGAGAAACGCUUGGGAGUCAGCCCCAGACAACAUCGCUGGAAUAGAUGCAGUGUCCAGGGCAACGUUUGUGUCUGUUCUUCGUGGACUUCAGGCUCCUGUAGACGAUGACCAAAUUCGGAAGCUUCUGCUUUCUCUGGACAGGAGGAGAGAGGGAUUCAUAGAUGUUAAUGAUUUCUUGAAAGGCCUCAAAUACCUUCCUAAGACUUACGUUAUGGCCUCUUAUGGGCCAAAGAAGAAAAAGGCAAGCAAAGCAGGAAAGACUAAGAAGAGUAAGUUUAAUCUACCUAUGCCUAUCUGCACUAUUCCACCUGAGCUCAUCCGUCGGCGCGAUGAUGGUGGACCACCACAUUUCAUGAUCGAAAGCUACCAGCAUGCCACAGACAUACACAGAUUUGACCGGGAUCAUAGACCAGAACAUCCUAUUGAAGAUGACACAGGGUGGUACAUAGAUGAGCCUGAAAAAAUAUACAUAAAUAUGAAUUACUGUGUUAAAACGGGAGAUAUUGAAUCUCUUAAGCUGGCAGUUAGUCAGAAGGUUCCUGUAGAUGUGAAAGAUCGCUUUUACAAGACACCGCUUAUGGCUGCAUGUACAAGUGGGAACUAUGAGAUGGCAAAGUUUCUUCUUGAUAAUGGGGCUGACGUGAAUGCAUGCGACCAGUUCAGUUGGACUCCUCUGCAUCAUGCCUGCCAUGCAGGACAGCUAGACAUCAUACAGCUGCUACUGGAGGCGGGAGCUUCUGUGGACCCGCCCACCCUGAAUGGGGCCACUCCCCUAAUGAGAGCCAUUGAGAGCUGUCGGCCGUCCUGUGUGGACUAUCUCAUCAAAGCUGGGGCAAAGAUCAACGCAGUAAAUAAAACAGAGCAGAACUGCUUGGACGUUGCCCAUGCUUAUGCAGACUUCAGGAUGGUGGAUUUGAUCCAGGCCAAGAUUCAUGCCCUACCCAGACAUAGGGACAAGAAGGCACAACCUGCCAAAGUCAAACGCAAACCAACUCCGGCCUCUGCUUCUGGAUCGACGAAAGAAAAGCAGGGCUCCGUUUCCACUCCCACAGCCUCCUCAAACUCAGCAGUCAAGAAAGCAAUGAAGAAAGACAGCGUUAUCGUGCAUAGCACUCAGAUCACCAGCGGCAAGCUCAACAAAUUGGACAUCAGUUUUGUGCCAAGAACGACGUGGCGAAAUCAGCUGACCACUAUCGAGCUAAUGGAGAAGAAGGCCAUGAGGAGAAAGCGCUUCACCUAUGAAGUGGACUUUGAUGACUUCAAGAUGCCAUUCAAUAAAAACAUUCAGAAGAAGUCUGUGGAGUUUGAGCUCACCGAUUGAAAGAGACCAUGUCUCCAAUAGAAAAGUCAAUGUUAGUAUUUCCAAAAAACUAAAUUCCUGACAACUUGGGCAUGUGUGGUAUGGACGUGAAUGAUGGAUCAAAUUGUGUGCUUUUAUCCAGUGUGUGCUUUUAUCCAAUGCAACUUACAACCUAGAGAUUUAUGUGUGUUCCUUGAAUAAUCAAAUUAUUAUUGAUUAUGACAUGAUAGUUCAUCCAGAAAUAAAAAUUCUGUUGUUAUUUAUUCACCUCUUAUGUACUUUAAAACCUGUAUGUGACUCUUUCUUCUGUGGAACACAAAAGAAGAUUUUUUGAGAAAUGUCUUUUUCUUUGGGUCCACACAAUAGAAGUCAAUGGGGACCAAUGUUGUUUACUGACCGACAUUUUUCAAAAUAUAUUCUUUUGUGUUCUGCGGAAGAAAAAACGUUUCUUCUGCAAGUUUGGAGUGACAUGAGGGGCGAGUCAAUUUUAAAUGAACUAUAUUUUAUAUAUUUAUUUAAAAAAGGGGUAUUCUGUUUUGACUUUAGUCAGUAAGCAUCUACCUAGGAUCACUCAGAACACAUUAGCAACCUCACAGAAACAUCUCGGCAACCACCCAGAACACAAUAGCGUUUUCAAAGAAUUUAAUUAAACAUUCAUUUUAUAUAUUUAGGGCUCCGAUUUACUCCCCUAGUAAACAUCUAGUUUUAGUAACACACUAACUAACAUAGCUCUGGUUUCACAGACAAGGUUUAGGGCUAGUCCCAGACUGUCCGUGCCAUUGUUUUGUUUCAAGAUGCACAUCAGUGAUGUUUUUUAAGGCAUUUUAAUGAAAGCAACUUUCAAAGCCUAAAUUACCUAAGGCAUAGUCCUGGCUUAGGCUAAGCCUUGUCCAUGAAACCUGGCCAUGGAAUGUUUAUACAAUGGUUACUCAGGGAUUAAAAACGGCAUAUUUCACUGCUGUUUCUCUGUCGUCUUAGAGAGGGAAGUGCAUUAAGCCAGAUUGAUUAUGCGUUUAUGAGAGGCUGGAGAUGAGAUCUGCUGCCUACGAGCUGGCAUGCAGUUUGUCUCCUCCGUGUCUCAGCGUCUGUCGACCGUGCUGAAUACAGGCCUUUCGCCACAGGCAGCGCCGCACAAACCCCUCAUGUUUAUCUCUGAAAACUGAACAGUUCUAUCAGUAUGCAGGAAUCUGAGAAAUGAACUGGAGAUAAUAGAAAUGGAAAUGUGGCUGUUGAUUGAAAAUGCGACUAGUAAACAGACUUUCAUUGCAAUAAAAGCUUUUCAUGUAUACUUAUUUACAGUUUAAAGUGAUGUCUGGUAGUUAUCGACACAGAUUUUCUCUGGUAUGGAAUAGGCAGGAGGCUUUUGUUUUAGUCUGCAGCUCUUCUGCUUGGCCAACAGGUGGCGUAACUGUGUUUACAUAACAGUAAUGUCUGUUUUGGAGGUGAGUGCUAAAAUCCUCAGCACUGAGUUGUGCAAAAUGGCAGCCAAAACUAUUGUGAUUGUUGUGAGACAUACUCUGAUCCCAAUUAAAAUACCAUUGUUAAGGUCUGGAUUGCAGGUUUUAUGUAUCAUCAUCAUCAUCAUAACAUGCAUGUCGAGUUUUAUGCAUCUUGAUUUAAUCUCUCCCUUUUUAAUGUCCCUGUUAUUUAGCAUUGUUUUAAAAAUCAAUAGAAAUGUUUCAGUAAUGAGUGAACAGGAUUCUCACAGCACUAGAGACAAAGUAGCCUGUCAAAUCAAUGCAAUGGCACGAUUUACUGUAACCACUGAGUCAGUAAGCUCUGUUUGAACUGUCAACAGUGGCGUCUGCAAAACAGCGAUAAGGUGUUUUGUAUUUGUACGACGUGGAUCUGAUUAAACGCACCUCCGUUAGCUGCUACCAGUGUUCACAGCCCAAUUAGAUCAUUAAAUUGCUGUGCCUUUAAGGUCUUUCGGGCGUAGUUACAUGACAAAAUGAACAGCUUUAAAUCAAGGUCAAAUGUUUUUUUACACAUCAAUCUGAUUUUCAGUGAGAUGACAGCAUUUAGGAGAAUUAUCAGACACUGUAAUAGCCCAAAGAGAGAAAAUAUAUGUUUAAAUGAUUGUGUGUCCACAUGUUUGAUAUGUUUAUUAUAGAUGCCUGGAUUUAUUAUGGAUGCUGGAAUAGAGAUGAUAGACAACAACAGAGUAAACAUUAGAGUGAGAGAGAGAGACGGGGGCGGGCAACAUUGGUGGGGGGGCUCAAGAGCAAAUGCGUCACGGUCACAAAGGUGAGGGAGAUGAGGGAAGGACGUGGAAAAUGAAAGCGAUAGUGUGAGCAUGAAGCCAUAACAUUCACCCUGUAGAUGUGUGUUACAAGAGUGGGGUGAGUCAGGGAUGGAGAGAGAGCAGAACUAGGAGGAGGAGGAGUGAAUUUUUAAUAAAAUCAAUCCCCCCGGCUUCAGUGUAAACGAGAUCUGCGGGGAGUGAUGAGCACGCACAUGCAAAUGUGUUUUUUUGUGCACGUAAGUGUGCAUUUAUUUAUGCAAACAGUGGCGUUUACUGGCUUAGACCACAAUGAAAAUCAAUUGAAAAGGGUUUUGGUUAAAACAAAGUUAUAAUUUUAAUUAAAAAUGAUUAUAUUUCUAAGCACAUUUGUAGAUCAUGUUAACUCAUUUUGAGUUAAAGCAUUUUGACUAAUAAUACUCUUGUACUGUAUACUAUAUACAGUUACCUUUAUUUUUAACACAGGUUUUUGUUUUACUCUUGUUUCUGUAUCAUGCAAUGCUGCAAUUGCCGAAAUGAUAUGCCUGCCCAGUCCAGUUUGUUUUCUGUGAUAAAAGUCUUUCCUUGUAGCACUGCAGUGCUUCAACUCAUACACACCCCCACACAGAGCUUACUCAGCACUGUCGUCCCUCCCGGGACUGAGGGGAGACAGAGAACUCUGGCCAGGCACAGGCAGCUCAGCCUGAGUUGUGUUUCUGUUUAUUUUAGUGCCUGACACAGCUCUGCCCAUUGCCAGAGGCCCCUGAUCUGAGUUUAUCCAGCUGGGUUUGACCCCGCUCUUGUUUUCAGACACUGAGCAUUCACAUAAAGUGAAACAGACUCAUACAGGUCUGAAAUUAACUGUCAAUGGUGAUGAAUUCAGAUCAGUGUUGGGUAAAUACUCUGAAAAAGUAAUUAAUUUCAAGUUACUAAUUAUUAAUUACAUAUUCAAAAGUGUAAUUAGAUUACUGUACAAAUUACUCUCUCCAAACUGUAUUUAAUUACUUAUUACUAAUUACUUUCUAUAUCCUAUAUCAACCUUGAUUAGUUAAGUGAUUCAAGGAUAGACAUGAAACAACUCUUAAUUCAUUCAAAUAAAUAAUAUAAAACUAAAGUAUUACAAAUGUGAGAAAGAUACAUUAAUGCAUUCAUUUUAAAGUUAGACUUUGAAUUUUCAUGUCAAUUCGACUAUUGUAUACAUUACACAGUAUUUUGUUCAAUUACACCCGAAUUAACUGUAAUUAAAUUGCAGAAGAAAUAAGAGUAAUCCCUUACUUUACUUUUUAAGGGGAAAGUAAUUAAAUUACAGUAACUAAUUACUUAGGAACCAGUUACACCCAACACUGUUUCAGACCAUGUGUUUAUUGUUUUUUUAUCUGCCGUUAAAUUGUAUUUUAGUCUAUGGAAAUUGAAAAUUAUUUAAUUUAUGUUUUGCAACAGUGAUAAGUGGGUUUCCAUUUCUUGCUGCAGUUGCACCUGUCAUCCUGUAUCCUCAAUGAAAGUAUUAUAAUAAGAGUGAAGUAAACAUUGUUGGAUCUUCUAAGAUUUGCGAUUGUUUUCUGUAGUGGACGGAUUUAUUUGCAGACAUUUAAAUCUAGGGCUGUCACAUGAUUAAUCGCAUCCAGAAUAAAAGUUUGUGUUUGCGUAAUAUAUGUCUGUGUACUGUGAAUAUUUAUUUUGUAUUUAUAAACACAUACAUGUAUACAUUUAGUAAAUAUUUAGAUGUAUUUAUUUAUGUUUACCAAUAAUUUAAAUGAUAUAUAAAUGUUUAUGAAUUUUUAUACUUUUCUUAAAUAUAUGCAUGUAAGCCUUGCAUAUGUGGAUUCUAAAUAAGUCACCAGUCAUACUGUA